AUGAGCUGGGCUUCCAUAGCCAAGAAAGCGGCGCCUGCAAUCCCCAGCACCGACAUAGGCCCGGACGAGUCGGUGGAUGUGGCGGUGCUGGAUGCCAAUGCCAUCAUCUCGGGGCAGGGGCUGCUCCUCCUGGCCAAGCUGGCCAACCGUGCAGUGACCACUCCCGAGGUGCUUGCGGAGGUGCGUGACAAAAAGUCACGUGCCACCCUGGAGGCUCUGCCCUACACCCUGGAGGCAACAGAGCCUGCUGAGGAGGACGUCAAAGCGGUGCUGCGCUUUGCCCGGGCCACGGGCGACGCGCAUGCCCUGUCCAGCGCCGACGUGCGGCUGAUUGCCCUGACCCGCAUGCUGGAGAUCGCGCGCCACGGCCCCAGGCGCGUGCGGGACCUCCCCCCCCCACUCAAGAUCGUCUCUCGGCGCGUGAAGGAGACGCGCACGCUGCCCGGCUGGGGCGAGGGCGGCGAGAACUGGGCGGAGAUGGAGCGCCUGAACGCCGCCGAGGAGGCCGCCGAACAGGAGGCGCUGGCCGCCGCGGCGGGGACGGGCAGCCAUGUGGCCGCCCAGAUGCAGGCGCUGGCGCUGGAGGAAAGGGAGACCGCGGACGGCGACACUGAGGCCGCUCGAGCGGCGCGGGCCCUGGCCGAGGCGGCCGUGGCGGCGGGCUCCAGCAGUGGCGGCGACGACUCCUCUGACGACGACGGCGACAGGGAGGACGCCGAGGAGGGCGACCAGAGCGGGGACGAUGCGGGCCCCUCCCCCGCCGCCGCCUCCUCGGUCUGCGUCCUGACCGCCGACUUUGCGAUGCAGAACGUGAUCCUGCAGAUGGGCCUGCGGCUGGUCACUCCCGACAACCGCCGCGUGACGCGGCUGUCGCGCUGGGUCCUGCGCUGCGGCGCCUGCUUCCAGGUGUCCAAGGAGGUGGGCCGCGUGUUCUGUGCGCGCUGCGGGAACGCCGCCAUGGAGCGCGUCCACGUCAGCGUCUCGCCCGAGGGCGUGGAGCAGUACGGCGUGCGCAAGCGGCACGUCCUGCGCGGCACGCGCUUCGCGCUGCCCAAGCCGCGUGGCGGGCGGGCCAAGGACGUGAUCCUGGCCGAGGACGUGCUGAUGCAGCGCACGGGGAAGGCGCGGCGCCGCGCGGCGCGCAAGGCGGAGGGCGAGGUGGAUCCCUUUGCGGCCGAGUACACCACCGACACCUGGCACCAGGCUGCGGGUCUGGGGGCCAUGGCGGACAAGGGCGCGGCCGCGCUGCUGGCGGGCUGGAAGCACAACCCCAAUGAGCGAAAGCACGUGGCCACCAACCGCCGGCGCAAGUAG